AUGAGCUCUGCCGGAGAUGAGGUGUCCACUGCUGCGAGCGGAGAACAGAUCCGCUCACCGGUGCAGGAGGGCCGCGAUGCAGAGCUCGCAAGUUUGCAACGGCAAAUUUCGCAGUUGGCAGCCCUGGUGGAGGAGUCGAUGAAGAACGACCCUGGCAGCGUCGUGGCUGAUGCAGCCAGUAGGGGCGGCUGGGUUGCUGCCCCCGAAAGCCAAGAGCCAAUGCUCCCGCUCGGCGGUGGCGGGGGAUUUCUCCAGCAGCAAGCGAGAGAUGGUGGGCAAGGACAAUGGCAGCUGCUGGAAGGCGGCUGGGCCAGCAGAUCGGGAGCGAAUCCUGCGAGACCAGCCGGAGUGGGCCUGGGCAUAGGACCGGACUACGGGGAAGCGAGGGGGUUAAUCCCCCCAGCGAAGAUUCUGUUGGAGGCAGCAACGGCGCUGGAUAGGGCCGAGAUCGUCAGGGUUGUGAGUACGGUGCACGCGAGCCUCCCGAAGGGGAGGACGGCCUCGAGGGGCCAGCGUAGGGCGGAGCAUGCUCUCCUCGCGAGGGACGGUAGCGGCGGGGGAGGAGCGCCGGGCCGCGGCAACAGCGACCGCAGCAAGGGUGGUGGUGGCGGCGGCGGCGGCAACCAGAAGGGAAGAGGGAGUGGCGCGAAGGUUGGUGGUGGCAGCGGAGGCGGCGACGACGAUGCGGGUAGCAUGCGCGGUCGCUGUUUCCGGUGCGGUAAGAAGGGCCACCAGGUGGCCAACUGCCCCGAGAGCAAGCCCGUGCGAUGUGAGACAUGCAAGGGCUACGGCCACGACAAGAGCAAGUGCCCGACCGAGGAGGCGGUGCUCGUGGUGGAAGUGCCGACGGGGGGGGCGUCUUCGGACGCCACAGCACUAGACGUGGCAGAAGAAGCGCUGGUGGUCGGUGACAUCUCAGGCGAGUGUCACAAAGUCGUUGGUCGAGGGGGUGUAGAGCAGGCUAGGCGGGGUAGGUAUGUUGCCGAUACCGGCGCUACCACCCACAUGUUCGCGAACUCAGAUGGGUUCGUUCGUUACGAAGAGUGUGAUCGACGUGUGCGCGUCGCCGCCGGAGAAACCUUCCCUAUCGUAGGGUAUGGCGACGUGACGGUAACCCUUAGCUCGCGCGACGGUACAACCGACCUGUUGUUGAAACGGGUUGCACACGUCCCCCGACUAGACUACAACCUAGUAUCUCUCACUUCCCUCUUCGACGACGGGUUCGAAACCAAAACCCUCAAUAGACACGUGUUGGAGUUGGAGAGAGGGGGGCGGAGUUGGUAUACUUCCCCCGAUGCGGUAACCUGUACGUCCAAAGCGGUUUCCGCACACACAUUGGAACAAGGCUGUGUGCAAUUGCUCCUGGCAACGCGAAAGCGCCCAGCACCCCCGUUGACAUCAACGAUUUCCACUGCGCGCACGGCCACUCCCACGAGCACGACGGCAGCCCCGGGGCCCGCGGGGCCGCCCGCGCGCGUAGCGCCGGCGCCGCCGCCGGCCGCUUCCCACGAGUCGGGCGCGGGUGACGCUGGCGAUGGCGCCCCCUCGAGCACGGAGGGCGCGAGCGUCGCUCCAUCUACCACGUCGACCGGCACGGCCGAUGUGGGCAGCGGCGAGGACGACCGCUGCAGCAGCGGUAGCCGCGGCAGCGGCGGCGACAGCAGCGGCGGCGACAGCAGCGGCCGCGCGGCGAUGACGGCGGCAGCGACAGCAGCAGCGGCGGCAGCAGCGGCGAUGACGGCGGCAGCGACAGCAGCAGUGGCAGCGACAGCGAGACUGAUCUCCCGGCGCUCCGUGGGCCAGAGGGCCGGCGGCUCGCCCGCUUCGACUAGCCGGCGGAACUCACCAGCCGCCGCACUAGGGAGAACCUUCGCCGAAACCCGAGAGGCAAGGGCGGUGCGAGAGUUGCUCCUCGAGCGCGCGCAGGAGGCCCACGCUGCGCGCCAAGAGGCGGAGGAUUUCCUGCUGGGUACGGUGGACCUCAUGCUCAACUCGCCAGACGCCUUCGAGACGACUCUGGCGUCCCACGAGCAAAGUGAAUCCCCCAUAGGCAAGCGUCCGAGUGCUUCGAGGCUGGGACUCUUNGAGGAAGGAGGGGAGUGGCCGGUGAGGGAGGCCAUCGGCAGCAUCAUGUGGGUGUCGACUUUCUCGCGUCCAGACGUCUCGUUCGCCGUACGUGCGGUAGCGCGCCACGCCCACGCCCCGGCGAAGCGGCACUGGGAUGCCAUACAGAAGGUCCUCGGCUACCUGAAAGGGACGAGGGACCUCGGCAUCACCUACCAACGGGGAUCGGGGUUAGGGCUGGCCGUGGUUGGCGACGACGGUUGGGGGUACCGUAGUCAGCCAUGGUAG